AAGUCAGAAGAACUGCAAAUGGAGGAGAGAGAAAAUCAAAAUCAGUGGGGGAAAAACCAGUGUGAAGAAGAAAUGGGGUGGAGAAGAGGAGAGAGAAAGUACCGGCAGCAGUUCCGAUGGUCCAUACCCAGAGGAUCUUAAUUCCGAAUUGCAGGUACGACCCGACAUUAUAUUCAACUCUAAUCUUAUUAUCAUAUAAAUACGGAAAACAUAAACGAGAGAAUAUAGAUUUUAACCGACUAAACUAGUUACCCAAAACGCAACGUAACAUAACACCCCAACACGGCAACACCCACAAAGAAAAAGAAAUAAUUCACCCAAAAAAAAAAAAAAAAAAAAAUGAAAAGGAAAUAAACUAUCAUCAUCAUCGUCGUCCCAAAAAGUAUAGUAAAUUUUAGUUAUGGCAUCGCAUCUCAAAUCGAUCGCCACCACUGCCUAUAAAUUCACUCCACCUUCCUCUUUCUCUCUCCUCAAUAAACCUUCUUUGAUUCCCUUCUCUCGUCCCAAAUCUCUGUCUUUUUCCUCUUCUUCUUCUUUCUCUCUCCUCUCUCUUUCUUCCUCUUUUGCUCGAUCUUUCGCCACCUCAACCAUGGGUGACGUAGAUUCCACCAUGGAUGCUGUUCAAAGACGACUCAUGUUUGAAGACGAAUGUAUCCUGGUGGAUGAGAGUGACAAUGUUAUUGGUCAUGAUUCCAAGUACAAUUGUCACUUGAUGGACACUAUUAACGCAGGGAAGGCACUUCACAGAGCUUUCAGUGUAUUCCUGUUCAACUCAAAGUAUGAAUUACUGCUGCAGCAACGUUCUGCCACAAAGGUGACUUUCCCUCUAGUGUGGACCAAUACAUGCUGUAGUCAUCCCCUGUAUCGUGAGUCAGAGCUGAUUAAAGAAGAUGUUCUUGGUGUGAGGAAUGCUGCUCAGAGGAAGCUUCUAGAUGAACUCGGUAUUCCAGCUGAAGAUGUGCCAGUUGAUCAAUUUACCCCACUUGGGCGUAUGUUGUACAAGGCUCCAUCCGAUGGAAAAUGGGGAGAGCAUGAACUUGAUUACCUGCUAUUCAUAGUAAGAGACGUGACAGUGAAACCGAACCCUGACGAAGUAGCCGAUGCCAAGUAUUUCAGUAGAGAGGAUCUCAAGGAGAUUUGCCGGAAAGCUGAUGCAGGUGAAGAUGGGGUGAAGCUUUCUCCCUGGUUCAGGCUUGUCGUCGACAACUUCUUGUACAAAUGGUGGGAUCAUGUUGAGAAAGGCACUCUGAAAGAAGCAGUUGAUAUGGAAACUAUUCACAGGCUUUUAGAAGAAUGAUUUUUCACUUUUGCUAAGAUUGUAUUUGCUGUUGGAAAAGCUUGUUUAUGGUUGUCUUAAAUUUUGCCUGAAUUUUCUGGAAUAAAAUAAUUUGGGAGUGGAUUUCGAGUUAUUAUUAAUGGUUUUGAGAUUUAAGAGAUCUUAA